AUGAGGUUGGCGCUGUUCCGCGCGUUGGCUCGCAAUAAGUUGUACGAUUUUGCUAUUCCCAACUCGGCCGCCCGCGUGCCGAGGGCGCGGUUCAGGGUUAACGCUGGACUCAGAGCGGGCGACGACGAGCUUGAGGAUGUCUUUGAUGGACGUGGAAGGCCGGGCGCGGACGAGGAUGGCCAUGCUCAGCAUUAUAGCUAUAGCAACGUGGUCGACUAUACCGUCGUCCAUCACAUUACCUUCCGCGUGCGGCCGACUCCGUUCUUCCAGAGCGUAAGAGGAAGGCCUUCCCGGAAAUCCAUAUCGACGGGAGAAACGAUCAUCAUGAAGCGGACGUACGCUACAUAUGCUUACGAUGACGAGCGAGGGUAUCCUUAUGAUCCUUCGGUCGAUCGGGCUGAUCCCAACGCACCGUCCACGAACCUCCGAAUGGAGCGAUUACCCGCCUCGAACGAGAAGAAAUACUACGGGAGUACAGACCCCCGUCUUUUAGGAUUAGGUCAGACCGGCGACCAUGGAGGCCACGGCCAAGGAUCAUCAUCUCAAGCAUACCUUCAUCAUCCACAUACCCACCCGCUCCCCAUCUCUGAUCCACUUCCCUCGCAUCAACUUCCAUAUCCGUAUCAGGAGCACUCCACGCAAGUUUUACGCUCGCAGAAUGAGCUAUCGCCGAUACAAUCGCGCAAUCUCAAGUUUGCAGACCCCCGGGACAGCGGAGAGUCGGAGUUCCCGUCGCGCACAGGAUAUCGUGCAGACAGGCCUCCCAACUUCUACGAGUUGCCUAACCGACCGAUGACUCGCAUACCUCCCCUCAUGUCGCAAAAUUAUACUCACAAUGAUGAUGGCGGCUUCCCUUCGUUGGAGGGCCAGCGCUCGCCUGGGCAUAACAGCACAUCAUUGUCCACCCUACCGGUACCAUCUUUGCGAUCGAAUCAUCAGUCUCUUUCCACAUCACCGCGGCAAAACGCUCGCAAAAGGGCGAGGAGUCCCGAUCCUUCGGAGCUCACGCACGCGGCCCGGCAACCAACGUCGCCGCCAAUGAAAAAGGAGACAGAUCUGGGAGUUCCACCAUUGCAUGAGUUGAUGAGCACCGGCCGCAUAGGCGACAUCGACGACCAGCCGCCGUAUCAGUAUGGUUUUCGCAGACAACCCCAAAGGUUUCCGGCCCCUUCGUGGCAAAAACCUGAUCCACCAGACCCAACUCUGGCGAUAUCAUAUGAGUUCCAGAACCCAAACUAUACCGAGCAACCGGUCGGCUACUCACCGUAUUCGGAAGCUUACCCUCACCACCCGCUUCCACCCAUCGCACCCGGGGAGAAUGACAUGCUGAGGUCGACCCACUCAUCAGCACCAUACGACGAGGAUUGGCCAGAUUAUGAAAGCGUUUCCGAGCAACGAGUGCAGCCAUAUCUUUCUCUGCCGGGGCGGCGGUAUUCUUCGCAGGGGAGCAGUAGUACUCACAGCGUCCCAAAGCCGGAUGAGCGCGGGCCAAUGUCGUCGUUACUGAGCGGCCCUCCAGGAGAUCUGGAUAUGACCCGGCGGCUCAACUAUGCUAUGUCACGGGCAGAGUCCUUCCCGACGUACCGACCUACCUCCUCCAUCAACUCAAUAUUGGAAGGCUCACAUCACCCGGUCGAGCCCGAAUUCUUUGCGCCUUCGGCCGAACGACAUCGGACCGUCCUUCCAUUGCAACUAAGUGGCGCCAGUGGGAGCCUCUACGGUUCCAACGAUCCACUCGGCGCGUCGUUCUCGGAGGAUAUCGGCGAUCUGAAUGACCAUGCCAGUACCGGCUAUUUAAAUCCCUCUCAACUGACGUCGUUACCGCGAUCCCGACGACCAACGACACUUCACAAUCCAGCACCCUACCACACGUAUGCGGGAGCAGCCUUCCCGCCCACCCUGCGCCCACCGUUCCCGCCGGGCAAACAUCCAUCACUCUCCCUAAACCGUAUCUUCGGUCCCACGAUUCCAGAACCUUGCUCCUCUUCAGGGUACGUGCAUUACGAUCAGGCGUUAUCUGCCGACGCAAACUAUGCCCGUCGUCCCACCCAGAGCUUCAACCCCUACGUCUCCUCCCUCAGACACAGCGCAGGCCCCAUCUCCGCCGUCUCCUCCAACCCGCCACCACCAGGGCCCUCAGCGAUCCACCACGCGCUAAGCGGACCGCCCAACAUCCCAUCCUCUCUCGGCUCCGGUGUCUUCCCGCACGUCCCCCUCUUCGACAACGACUCCCACUCGCAGCCGCUCAACCCGGCCGACGAAAGCUUCAAAAACCGUAUCAUCCGGCAUAAAUUCGAGGACAGAGACGGUGCGCUGGAUUUCCUAAAAGAGCAGGCGCGCAUGGCGGGGUUCAACGUCCUUGUGCGCACGUCGAGAUCGGAUUACGUUGUGAUCAUAUGCAGCUGUGGGCGCAGGUCGCGACCGAAGCCGCAGACGGAGGAACAGCAGGCUGCAGCCGCGCAGCAGCAGCAGCGGGAGGAGGAGGAGGAGCCGCCGAGGAAGAAACGGAAGAAGAAGGAGAAGGCGGCUGUUACGGGUUGCGAGUGGCAUAUUAUAUUGUUUAGACGAUUGCCGCAAAAGUAA